UCCUGGAUUCGCCUCUCAACAAAAGUAACAAAGAGGCCACCCAACCCAAUUUCCCGCCCCACCCACAAAACCGACAACUGCCUCGCUGAAUGGCUGGACACGUCGACCACAGUAACGUCUACCAUGUUCGACAGCGGUCUCACUGGGACUGCGGCAUUGCCUGCGCAGCCAUGGUGCUUCGAUGGCUCUACGACACAUGGCAUCACGCGUCCCUCGCAUCGCGAGCCGGCGCUGUGGACGCGCCGCUCUCGAGUCCAUGCACUGUGCCUGGACCGACUCAAGUAUUACUACGGCUGCACGACGCACUCGAAUUUCUUGGUAUCGGAACCUCGGUGUGGACAAUCGACCUGUUCAGGUUGCUCAACCAUAUUCUUCGUUCCUCCAACACGGCAUCGCUGCCGGAUUUGGCCAGCUGUGUCAGUUUUACAACUCGCACGCUCGGAAUCGAUCCGGCGCACGGCAAGGAGCCAUUUUAUGAGGUGGCGCUCACGUCCGACCAUGACCGUAUCGCAGCGUCCUUUGCGAGCUGCCAACAGUCGGAAAACGUUGCCAAGCGCACGCUUCUGCUUGACGACUUGGUUGGAUUGCUGGAUGCCGGUGGCAUAGCCAUUGUUUUGGUGGAUGCUCGUGGCUUGCAUUGCGUCGAGUGCCACAGCGGCGCGGCAUGCAACAACAUUAGCUUGAAUUUUCUCUCGCGGAGUCGGCAUGGUAGCAUGACGGGAGCCAGCGAGAGUACCAGCUCAGACACGUCUCGCCCUCGAUCCCUGUCCAGUGGCGUGCUUGCGUGUGCUAGUAGUAGCGAUCAUAACGUCCUCAAUGCCGCACAACUUGGAGCCGACAAAGCCAACACCAGUUACGAGCGAGAGUUUUGCGAACUAGCUUCCGCGCCGCUCGACCUCGAGCGUGAUGUUGGCUACGCUGGACACUAUGUCGUUUUACGAGGCUAUUCGCGACCCGCAACGGGGCCCAUGUUGUUCUAUGUGAACGAUCCCGGGCGAGACCAUCCCCGGUGUACUGUGCUGGCUUCUCAGUUUGACAUUUCUCGUACAGACGAUGACUUGAUUUUGGUGACCGCGCCAAGUCGAUAGCAUGUGGCUCAAUGCCAUUGAUGGUUCUUGUUUGCAUGAACUGCUGUUUCGUUCUUCUGUAAUACAGUACGCUUUUGCAUAAAAGUCCUUUCCCCC